GGAGAGGGAGGCGGGAUCGUCCCGGGAUCCGCCGGGAGCGGGCUCAUUCCGGGAUCCCCCGGGAGCUGGCAGCGGGAUCGUCCCGGGUUCCGCCGGGAACGGGCUCCGGCCGCCGCUCUGCGCGCUCCCUCCGCUGCCCGCGCAGUUAUAACACAUGGUUUUAAUGCUCCAUCUGAACAACUGAGAUGAGACUGAAGACUUCCCUUUUAAAGGAGCCAAAACAUAAGGACUUGGUGAGCUGCGUGGGCUGGACGACAGCUGACGAGCUCUACUCGUGCGGCGAUGACCACCAGCUCAUGAGAUGGAACCCUGUGACCAGCGAGGCCGCGCGAGUGGUGAAGCUUCCAGAUGAUGUUUAUCCCAUCGAUCUGCACUGGUUUCCCAGAGGGAUUGGUGGGAAGAAGCAAUCCCAGGCUGAGAGCUUUGUUCUGACCAGUUCUGAUGGGAAAUUCCACUUGAUUUCCAAGCUAGGAAGAGUGGAGAAAAGUGUGGAAGCACACGGUGGAGCUGUCCUUGCAGGAAGGUGGAAUUAUGAGGGAACAGCCCUGGUUACAGCUGGGGAAGAUGGCCAAGUGAAAAUCUGGUCCAAAAGUGGAAUGCUGAGAUCCACUUUGGCUCAGCAAGGAGCAGCAGUGUACUCAGUGGCCUGGGCACCGGACUCUGACAAAGUUCUCUACACCUCAGGGAAGCAGCUGAUUAUCAAACCCCUCCAGCCAAAUGCUAAAGUUCUGCAGUGGAAAGCCCACGACGGCCUGAUUUUAAAAACUGACUGGAAUUCAGUGAACGACGUGAUUCUUUCUGCAGGGGAGGAUUGCAGAUACAAGGUUUGGGACAGUUUUGGCCGUGCCCUGUACAAUUCCCAGCCCCACGAAUAUCCCAUCACCUCCAUUGCCUGGGCUCUGGAUGGAGAAUUAUUUGCCGUGGGAUCUUUCAACACUUUACGUCUCUGUGAUAAAACUGGGUGGUCUUACGCCCUGGAGAAGCCCAACACUGGCAGCAUUUUUGCCAUCUCGUGGUCCAGCGAUGGCACCCAGCUGGCCGGAGCGUGUGGGAACGGCCAGGUCAUCUUUGCCCACGUGGUGGAACAGCGCUGGGAGUGGAAGAACUUGGAAAUCACCUUGAUUAAGAGAAGAACCAUGAAGGUGCACAACGUCGCCAACGAUGCCGUGGAUUUGUUGGAAUUCCGGGACAGGGUGAUUAAAGCCUCCCUGAACUAUGGAUAUUUGGUGGUUUCCACUUCCCUGCAGUGUUACGUGUUCUCGACAAAGAACUGGAACACUCCAUUGAUUUUUGACCUGAAGGAAGGAACUGUGAGUUUGAUCCUCCAAGCAGAAAGGCAUUUUCUUCUUGUGGAUGGUGGAGGACUUUAUUUAUAUUCCUAUGAAGGCAGAUUAAUUUCCUCUCCAAAAUAUCCAGGCAUGAGAACAGACAUUUUAAACUCCAAGACAGUGUCCCUGAGCAAUGACACCCUGGCAGUGAAGGACAAAGCUGAUGAGAAGGUUAUCUACAUAUUUGAAGCUUUAUCUGGGAAGCCGCUGGGUGAUGGAAAACCUCUGACCCACAAGACAGAAAUUGUGGAGAUUGCUUUGGACCAGAAAGGACUGACAAGUGAGAGGAAAAUUGCUUUUAUUGAUAAGAACAGAGAUCUUUUCAUCACCUCAGUGAAAAGGUUUGGGAAAGAGCAGAAGAUUGUCAAAAUAGGGACAAUGGUGCAAAGUCUAGCCUGGAACGACGCCUCCAACAUCCUCUGUGGGAUUCAGGAUUCCAGGUUCACCGUCUGGUAUUACCCCAACACGGUCUAUGUGGAUAAAGACCUUCUCCCAAAAACCCUCUAUGAAAGAGAUGCCAGCGAGUUCAGCAGGAGCCCGCAGAUCGUGAGCUUCGUGGGCAGCCGCGUGACGGUGAGGAGGGCCGAGGGCUCCCUGGUGCACCUGCGCAUCUCGCCCUACCCCGGCAUCCUGCACGGCCACGCCGGCGCCUCCGCCUGGGAGCACGGCGUCCGGCUCUGCCGCUUCGUCAAGGCAACAGCAACAGAUGAGGAUCAGACCCUUUGGGCUUGUUUGGCUGCCAUGGCGGUGGCCAACAAGGACAUGACCACAGCUGAAAUCGCCUACGCAGCGAUCGGCGAGAUUGACAAAGUGCAGUACAUCAAUUCCAUCAAGGAUCUGCCGUCCAAGGAGUCCAGGCUGGCUCACAUGCUGCUCUUCAGUGGGAACACGCAGGAGGCUGAAACGCUCCUGCUUCAGUCGGGCCUGGUUUACCAAGCUAUCCAAGUCAACAUUAAUCUCUACAACUGGGAAAGAGCCCUGGAUCUGGCAGUGAAGCACAGGACGCACGUGGACACGGUCCUGGCUUACAGACAGAAAUUCUUGGAAGAUUUUGGGAAAAAAGAGACCAACCAAAGGUUUUUGCAAUACGCAGAAGGUCUGGAAGUGGAUUGGGAUAAAAUCAAAGCCAAAAUAGAGAUGGAAAUUGCUAAAGAAAGAGAACGAGCGGCAGCCAGUCCUGCAGCGAGGACCAGCGUGACUGUGCAGCAAUAAUCCACUUUUUGGGCUCCUUCAAAGCGCUCCUUCAAUAUUUGGUACUGGCUUGUGGUAAAAAAGAAAAAGUAAAUUGCACAGCAAACAUUUUGUGGGCCACAGGAGGGAGAAUUUCUGUAGAUUUGAAUCCUUGGGUGACACAGGAUGAGUUAUUUCAUUUUGAGCUGGGUUUAUAUUCCGGUGCCAGUGAUGGCUACUUGUAUGAGAAAAAAAGGGGAAUUAACUGUUCCUCCCUCAGUGAUUUUAAAUUUUCAUUGCCAUGAAUAUUCUUUAAGCGGGGUCGCCUCUACUGAAAUCACAGUUUUAACCCCAAGUGAAGCAGUCUGGUUAUUUCUGCAACCUCAGGGAACUCUCCAGACUUGUUUAAAUUGCCCCAAAAACAAAUUCAGCAAACUGGAAGUGCUGAAAAUGCAACAAAAAAGGGAACUUGAGCCUCUAAAGUACAAAUACUUCCCUCACACUUGUGGGAAUAUGUAUUUGUUAGGAUGUACCAGGAGUUCUUUAAUAGAUAAUUUCAGUAACUCAGGUUUGUCCCUGAGCAAAACAUUCAGCAGUAAAAGGAAUUUUUUUAAAAUUUUUAUAUACUUUGGAGCGUGCUUUCAGGGUUGUUGGAAAUAAACAGCAUUUGUAGGAUCUGAUGUGUAAAAUUGACCAGAAUAUUUAACAUAAGAGAAUAUUUCAUGUAUUUUUUUCUGCCCAAAGCACUUGAUUUGUAAAUACUUUUUUAAAAUUUAUACUAUUUCGUGGAGAUAACAUUUUUCUUUGUUUCACACCCCAAACUGGCUGAAUUCUCUCCGUGUUAUAAAUAUAUUAGCAGCUUGUUCAUCAUCGACAAGGUUCUGUUAUGUAUCUUUCAAAUGUUACCAGCAAAAUGUUAAAUAUCUGUACAUACAGCGAAUUUGUAAAUCGUUGUGGGACCCUUUCUUGCACAGUUCAUAAAUUUCUCAAUAAAUCCAAAUAAAAGUGGAGGUUUUUAAUGGAUCUGAGAGCUAGGAAAAAAAAGAAUAUUUAGGGUGUUUGAAUUACAUUUGGAGGGGAUGGGAGAGGUGUUAAAUUCCAUUUUUUUAUCACACACAACCAGUCGUGAGCAUCCUGGUGUUAAAUAGAAAACAAAGCAAAAUGUUUUGGAAAAGCACUUUUAUUCCUUGUUUUCACCAGCUUCUAAAAAUGAUUCUGAAAGGUAUGAAAUGUAAAUUUCGGGAGAAAACCUUCCUAUAUGGCUUUUCUAGCAUUGUGGCAGGGAUUUUAGGGAUUGUAAUUCCAGGGGAAGUGCCAUCCAUCCACGCCAAGGGAAUUUUGAGCUGUUUUUUCUUGGGGUUUCCAAAGUUUUGCGUUGUUUUUUCACCUGUUUUCAGUUCUUUUCAGUAUUAAGUAAAAAUAAAUAGCAGAAUGAUACAGAUGUUUCAGGUACAUUUUGGUUACAUUAUUGCCCAGAACAAGAAAUCAAUUUAAAACCCUCUUUCAGAAAGAAAUACCUUUUAUUUAAUUACUGACUGCUUGAGUUAAACCAUCAUAAACCAAUUUAAGAAACAGAUUAAUUAACAGGAUUAAAAUUCAGUUGUUUGGGUGCUGCUGCUAUGGACAAAUGACCAAAAAUAACCCAAAUUUUGCCAUUGCAGGGUGAGAGUUGAGUUCAUUCACUUCAUUUAACCUUGGCCACAGUAAAACCUCUCUGAUUGUAAAAAGAGAGGUUGAAAAAUCCAUCUUUAGGUGAAAAAUAAAGUCCUCGAGUGAAGUAAAAUUAAAAGCUCAGGUGGGUGUUUAAAAACCUACUGCAUAUUUGUAAUAGUUCAGAGGGAAAAUUAAAAAUAUCUUUUGUUUUCUGGCUUUUAAGGCAAUAAAACUUUGAGAUCUGGAUUUGUCCGUGGGAUUUUACCCUUUGGGACUGGAACAGGAGGAAGGUUUGAAUCAUCUGACAUGAAAAUUUGAUUUUACAGAUUAUGUGGAACCAUUUCCUGCAGAACAGCCGUGGUGGUUGUUGCCUUAUUCACUUCAGAAUAGUCAAAAUUAUAAAUGAGCAAUAAUUGAAAAGCUUGAAGCCUCCUAAAAUUUAAUUCUGAAAUUUUAAUAGAUAUUUAUAGAAAUACAAAGGUUGUAUCACCUACAGAUGGGGGGAAGUCGGAGAGAAGCAAUUUACUAUAUUUUAUAUUAUAUAUACGCUUUUAAUAUCAUU